UGCGUCUACUGCAUCGGAAUGAUAUCAAAGUUUAGUAGACUCUCGAUGUUUCAACAUAAUCCAGUCUAGUGUUUUUUUUCUGUACAGUGCUUUUGAGAACAAAUUCUACAAAAUGUUGUCCAAGGUCUUCGUCCUGCUCGCCGCCGUCGCCGUUGGUGUCAACGCCGUCGCAAUCGGUGUUGUCGCUCCAGCCGCUGCCGUAUUGAAGACUGAAGAAUACGACGCCCACCCGCAAUACAGCUUCUCGUAUGAUGUGAAAGACUCGCUCACCGGUGACAACAAACAGCAGCACGAAACCCGUGAUGGAGACGUCGUUCAGGGACAGUACUCCCUCGUCGAACCUGAUGGUUCCCGCCGCACCGUUGACUACACAGCUGACCCCGUAAAUGGAUUCAACGCCGUCGUGAGCAAAUCUUCGGAUGCUGCCAUCGUGAAGACCGUUGCCGCUGCUCCUGCUCUGACACUCGCCCAUGCUGCCCCUGCCUAUGCUGUCCACCAUGCUCCAGCCCUGGUUGCUCAUGCUCCAGCAGUCGCGGUACAUCAUGCCCCAGCCCUGUCCAUAGCCCAUGCUCCUGCUUUCGCUGUGCACCAUGCACCGGCCGUCGCCGUGCACCAUGCGCCUACUAUCGCUUAUCAUGCCCCGGCCACCGCCUUGGUGCAUCACGAACCACUGCUCUCCCAUGCCACCCUGUAUCAUCACUAAGCGGCGCAGCGCAUCCCGAGUCAGAAAUUUACUCAAGACUUACACCCACAUAUAUCUCGGACUAGACAGCGAUGAUUUGAACUAUGAGCGAUUAUGAACGAACUGUACGGUCGUAGGUUUCAAGCAAUGACUCAAAUUUGUUCUGUUUUGUUAAUACGUACACACGGGCAAACACAUACACACUGGUUGCAACGUGAGAUGAGAUUAUUGAAUAAAGUAUUUCCCUCUUGUACAAUUAGUAACCUAGAGUUAAACAUAA